AUGUGCCAGCACACCUAUCGACACCACCAACACUGCGGGCAUAUUGCCUCGUUAACCCUCGAUGCCUGUACCGAACUCAUAGCCCGCAUUCACAGCCAACAAAAGCCGGUCGGACACUGGAUCAAAACAAUGCGUGACCUUCAGCCUGACUCAGACAGCUGCUGUCUAGCAUGCGAGGUUGAAUCGGGGACACGGAUGAGAUCGCCGCAGCACAGGGGAACCGGUACCAGCACAUCAUUCAGCGCUAUCGAGAACCCACUGCGCUAUAUCUCACUUGGGGGCGUACAUGAUUCGGGUCCACUAGUAACUGCAGACUUCAUGGUGUCUGUUCCAUCGGAUGCGGAUGCUUCGCAGCAGGAGGUUCUCUGCUAUAUCCCCGCCGGUGCGGUUGUGCAGAUGGGUAGCGGAGAACCAGGAAAGGGCUCCAACAGUCUACUUGAGGCACUUCAAGGCCUAGGACUUGGCUGGGAAGGUGGCCGUAGUGUGGAUAGUGUCCCUGGUGCAUUUUGGUCGGAUGAUUUUGACUACGAUAUGUGUGGUUUGGGAGAGACAGUGUCUCGGUUUCCGAACCCGCCUUCGCUCUCGGACGAGAGCGACAGCGAGUACGAGGAUAUGAACGAUAGCUCUUGUCCACCCCAAUCUCAUCAAUAG